GCGGCGGCCCCAGGAGGUGGCGGUGGGCGCUAAAGCCCCGGCCUCGCGGGUCUGGCCGUCGGGGCCCGGGAACGGCGGCCCCAGGAGCGCCCAUGCCAUGGAGAAGCUGGCGGCCGGCCUAGCUGGCCUGCGCUGGAGCAUGGGCGCCUUCCCGCUCGACCUCAUCGUUAGUCGCUGCCGCCUACCCACGCUCGCCUGCCUCGGACCAGGGGAGUAUGCCGAAGGUGUCAGUGAGCGUGACAUCCUACUCAUCCACUCCUGCCGCCAGUGGACCACAGUGACAGCCCACACCCUGGAGGAAGGCCACUACGUCAUAGGGCCCAAGAUCGACAUCCCUCUGCAGUACCCAGGGAAGUUCAAGCUCCUGGAGCAGGCCCGGGAUGUGCGAGAGCCGGUGAGGUACUUCAGCAGUGUGGAGGAGGUGGCCAGCGUCUUCCCUGACCGCAUCUUUGUGAUGGAAGCCAUCACCUUCAGUGUCAAGGUGGUGUCAGGCGAAUUCAGCGAGGACAGCGAGGUAUACAACUUUACGCUGCAUGCAGGUGAUGAGCUCACUCUCAUGGGCCAGGCAGAGAUUCUGUGUGCCAAGACCACCAAGGAGCGCUCACGCUUUACCACUCUUCUACGCAAGCUGGGCAGGGCCGGUGCGCUGGCCGGGGUUGGUAGCAACGGCCCAGGGAGUGCGGGGGCCACAGGUACUGGUGGGGGUGCUAGGCCCGUCAAAGGCAAGAUGCCCUGUCUCAUCUGUAUGAACCACCGCACCAAUGAGAGCCUGAGCCUGCCCUUCCAGUGUCAGGGCCGCUUCAGCACACGUAGCCCACUGGAGCUGCAGAUGCAGGAGGGUGAGCACACAGUGCGCGCCAUCAUCGAACGUGUGCGGCUCCCGGUGAAUGUGUUGGUGCCCAGCCGGCCACCUCGAAACCCCUACGACCUGCACCCGGUGCGCGAGGGCCACUGUUACAAGCUGGUCAGCAUCAUCUCCAAGACAGUGGUGCUGGGGCUCGCGCUGCGCCGUGAGGGUCCGGCGCCACUGCACUUCCUGCUGCUCACAGACACUCCGCGCUUCGCGCUGCCACAGGGCCUGUUGGCUGGGGACCCGCGCGUCGAGCGCCUGGUGCGUGACAGCGCCUCCUACUGCCGGGAGUGCUUCGACCCGGACGAGUACUCCACUGCUGUACGCGAAGCGCCUGCUGAGCUCGCUGAGGAUUGUGCCAGCCCGCGCCGAGCGCGCCUCUGCCUGCCUGCACCACGCGUCUCCGCGCCUGCCCGCAUGGCCGCUUUGCUUGGCCCGCCUCCUCCCACUGGCGACAGCGACCAGGAGUACGUGAACCCUGACUGGGCUGCGCCCGAGCCUGCCGCGCCGCCUUCGGAGAUCCCCUAUGAAGAGCUGUGGACGCACCAGGCGGUCGAGAGCUUCGCUGAAGGCCGGGCUAGGCCGCCCUCGGGCCCCGACCUUAUCUCCUUCGGGGCCACCACUGGGCCACCUCGUUUGGAACCCGAGCCUCCGCCGCCUCCAGUCCCUCCCAAAUCUGAGGCGGUGAAGGAGGAGUGCCGUCUGCUCAAUGCCCCGCCUGUCCCUCCCCGGGGUGGCAAUGGUAACGGUUGGCUUUCGGGCAGUCCCCCAGUCCCCCCUCGCUUUCCCAAGCUGCAGCCUGUCCACUCACCCAGCUCCAGCCUCUCCUACUACUCCUCUGGCCUUCAGGAUGGGGCAGGCUCCCGCAGUGGCAGUGGCUCCCCAUCCCCGGAUGCAUAUUCUCUCUACUGUUACCCUUGUACCUGGGGGGACUGCAAGGUGGGCGAGUCCUCUAGCCGCCCAACCUCAGGACCCCUGCCUUCUACCACACAGCCCAGCCAGGCCUCCCGGGCCUAUGCUGAGCCCCUGAGCAAUCGAACUGCCUCUGUCUUGGGAACUGACACCCCUGUCAAGACUUACCACAGCUGUCCACCUCUGUUCAAGUCCUCCCAUCCCCAGAAACGCUUUGCUCCAUUUGGAGCACUGAACCCCUUUUCUGGGGCUACCUACCCCUCAGGCCCUCUAGCAGCCUCCUCUUCUGGGCCCACAACCACCCCAGGUGCCCCAACUACCUCCAAUCCUGCUUAUUCUCCAGGCCCAGCCUCACCAGGCCAGGCCUAUUCAGCUGCUCCCACCUCCUCCUGCCCCACCUCCUCCUCCUCUUCUUCUGAGUGGCAAGAACCAGCCCUGGAGUCCUUUGACCCCUUUGAGCUGGGGCAGGGCGGUUCUCCAGAGCCCGAGCUGCUGCGCUAUCAGGAGCCCAGGGCUGCUGGGGCAUCUGGGCCUGGACCUCACCUUUCACCCCUUGGCCCACCCAAGACCUUUGAGCCUGAAGGAUUGAUGCUGCGACAGGCCCCCACCCUACUGUCACCAGCUGCCCUGCAGGGGCCAGAGGCAGGUGGGGCACGACUCUUUCUCACUCAGGGGCGCCUGGAAGGGCCUCCUGCCAGUCCCCGGGAUGCCUCCUCCUGGCAGCCACCCGCGGACCUGUCUGCCCUCUCCCUGGAGGAGGUCUCUCGAAGUCUGCGCUUCAUUGGGCUCUCGGAGGAUGUGGUGAGCUUCUUUGCCCGAGAACGCAUUGAUGGUAGCAUCUUUGUGCAGCUCAGUGAGGACAUUCUGGCAGAUGACUUCCACCUCACCAAGCUGCAGGUCAAGAAGAUCAUGCAGUUCAUCAAAGGCUGGCGGCCCAAGAUCUGA